AUGGCAACUUCCUCAUGGGGCCCCAGCCCCGGCCCCGGCCCCCAGACCCUAGAGAAGGAAGAGGAGGCCCCUCAGGUGAGGCCUUCAGGCCCAGCCUCGCUAAGACUUGGCAGUCCUGCUGGGCACCUCUCAGUGAUCUCUAAGCUCUGUUACAGCAUUGGGGGGGCCCCCAACCAGGCAGCCUCCAGUGCGGUGGCCUUCUACCUACAGCUGUUCCUGCUAGAUGUGGCCAGGAUCCCCGCAGCUCAAGCUUCUCUUGUCCUGUUUGUGGGUAAGCUCUUGGGGGCCGCAGCUGACCCCGUGGCUGGAUUCCUCAUCAGCCGGAGCCCGUGGACUCGCCUGGGCCGCCUUACACCCUGGAUCCUGGGCUGUUCACCUUUUCUGGCCCUCACCUACUUCUUCCUGUGGUUCCUGCCCCCCAUUGCCCAUCUUCGAGGUCUCUGGUAUGGAGCUUUCUACGGCCUCUUUCAGGCCCUCUCCACGCUGCUCCAGGUCCCAUACUCUGCCCUCACUAUGUUCCUCACUCAGGACCAGCAGGAGCGAGAUUCGGCCACUGCCUACCGGAUGACCAUGGAGAUGGCUGGGACGCUGACCGGAGCCACAGUUCAUGGCCUCAUUGUGGCUGGUGCCCACAAGACCCCCAGAUGUCCCGAGGCCAAUCUCACUGAUCCGCUUCUGUCUCUGGCUUCCAUUACCUCCCCCCACACAAGCCAGCUUUACAUGACUGCCGCCGGGGUCAUUGCAGGAACCUACCCCCUGUGCACAGCCCUGCUUACCCUGGGCACCACAGAGGAAGAGGAUCUUUACAUCCUCGAGCAGCAGAGGGUCCCAUUCUUCCAGGGGCUCGGCCACACCCUCCAGCAUCAGCCAUACCAGAAGCUUGUGGCUUCCUUCCUGUUCAUCACUGCUGCUGUCCAGGUUCAGCAGAGCUACCUCGUCCUGUUUUGCACCCAUGCGGCACCCCUGAGUACCCAUGUGCAGAGCCUGGUGCUGCUGGUGCUGGUGGCAGCUGUCCUGAGCACCCCAUUCUGGGAAUGGUUCCUACAGAGAGUUGGAAAGAAGGCAACGGCGUAUGGGAUUGGGGCAAUGGUUCCCUCUGCAGUCAUGUUGGCAGCGGCCCCUACUGUCCCCGUGGCCUAUGCUGUGGCCUUUGUGUCAGGCGCCAGCAUCUCUGUGGCCUCGCUGCUCCCCUGGUCCAUGCUGCCAGACAUUGUGGAUGACUUCAGACUCCACAAGCUUCCUCUGACGGGCUUGGAGACCAUCUUUUACUCCUCCUAUGUCUUCUUCACAAAGCUGUCAGGGGCUGGGGCUCUGGGCAUCUCAACCCUGAGCUUGGAGUUUGCAGGGUAUGAGUCUGGUGCCUGUAAGCAGUCUGACAAGGUGAUCAUCAUGCUCAAAGUGCUGAUCGGCGCUGUCCCCACCAGCAUGGUCCUGAUAGGUCUGGCCAUUCUGUCCCUAUACCCCAUCACUGAGCAGCGGCGCCAAGAGACUGCUCACAGGCUGGAUAUGCUGAGGAAGGAGGUGCCCAUGUCCAGUAACUCCGGUCCUAGUGAAGCCCAGGGUGGAGCUGCUGAUCCCUGA